UUACCUUGGAAUUGCUAUCAAAUCACAAACAAAAAUCUAGCUGAGAAAAUAGAAAAAGGCCAAAGCUCUGAAAACAUUUCAGAACAUUUUUAGCUAGCACAAAACAAAAAAACAGACGCGCAGCUGGAGCCAAUCAGCCAAUCAGCCAGGAUGAGCGCCAUCGAGGAGCAGGAACACGGACUGGCUGGCGUGCCGCAGGCGAGGGAUGCACUGGACGCCGCCAGCCGUACCGAGGAGCUGGAGAAGAUUGAGGAGGAGAAGCUGAUGCCCAAAUAUCCGAGCGGCUUGCCCAGCGGCCAUUCCGUCUUCCUGCAGAAGCGCCUGCACAAGGGCCACAAGUUCUUCGAUUCCGGCGACUAUCAGAUGGCCAAGCAGAUUGGGGUCAAGCAGAUUCUGGCCAACAAGUCGAUCACCGGCGACAUUAUACCCACCCCCGAAACGGUACCAGUGCGCAAAUACUCCAUAAUACAGCCGUACAAGUAUGCGGCUAAGAAAUAAGCCGACAACGUUCGUUGGGAUCAAAUUUGAUCAUAUUCAAUAUUUGUCUAGAGCUUCGUUUUUGGCUGACUUUGUCCGCUGUCCGCGGCGGCACUUUUAUUUCAUAUCAUUUCAUACACAAUAUAAUUGCGUGUCCUCUCACACAGCUAUGUAUAUUAACACAUA